CCCAGAUAGAGAUGUAAUUGUCAGCAGAUGUUCUCUGUCAUCCCAGAGAGGAGAUUCUUCAUAGACUCAGGGCAAUUCCAACUGUGAGCUGUAGAUGGCGCUGCUAUACACCGCUCUGGCAAUCAGCCUCCUCCUCUACCUGGCAGAAUGUGACUAUGUGAUCCCCAAACCCCAGUAUGAAGAGGUCCGUGUGCCCCGAUACGGCAAUGCCACCCUGCCCUGCCAGUUCUCCUUCAUCGAGAACACCUACGACCUGGGCACCAGCUGGCACCGGGAGGACAUCGUGGAGGAGAUGGAGGUGGAAGACAUCCAGGCCUACAUUCAGCAGACCUACGACUACAAAGAACCUCAGCUGGUCUACAGCUUCCAUAAAGACAAAGAGGACUUCUCCGAGCAGAGCCAAGUCUACUACGAGCGCGUGCGGGUGGACGUCAACGAGAUCCCCGAAGGUGACGUCACGCUGCACAUGCACCACGUGGACUUCCAGGACGAGGGGCUCUACACGUGUAAGGCCAUCAGCCCACAUGGCAAAGGAGAGACCAAGCUGAAACUCCUCGUAGAAGAGGAGGAGGAGCCCCCGGUGAAGUUCGACACGGUGGACAAUGGCACGGUGGUACGUUGCGUGUCCAAAGGCUGGUAUAAGGUCCCCAUGGUGCGCUGGUUGAACCGCCGAGAGGAGGACAUAUCGGUGAACUCCACCGUGGAGGUCCUGGAGCAAAUGAAGGACGGCCGCCAUCGAGUCUCCACCACCCUUAGUGGAGUGAAGAGCCACGAGAUCUACCGCUGCUUCAUCAGAGACACCCAAAAAGCCAAGAGACCGAGGACCAUAUACAGGAGGCUAAGGGGCGCUGAGGGAAUAUGGGGAAUUCUGAAGCCUCAGAUGAACUUCCAAUUUGAAGAAAAGACGAUUGCGGAAAUUGAGAACAUCGACGACAACAUCAACGCCAUCUCCACCAACCCCACCAACACCACCACCAACAUCGACACCAUCGACAACAUCGACACCAACAACAUCGACACCAUCUCCACCAACCCCACCACCACCACCACCAACAUCGACACCAUCUCCACCAACUCCACCACCAACAUCGACACCAUCGACACCAACAACAUCGACACCAUCUCCACCAACCCCACCACCACCAACAUCAACACCAUCUCCACCAACCCCGCCAACAACAUCGACACCAUCUCCACCAACCCCACCAACUCCACCACCAACAUCGACACCAUCGACACCAACCCCACCACCAACAUCAACACCAUCUCCACCAACCCUGCCAACAACAUCGACACCAACAACAUCAACACCAACCCCACCAACCCCACCAACAACAUCGACACCAACAACACCAAUACCACCAAUACUACCAAUACUAAUACCAACACAACCAGUGAAUAG